UUGAAUGUGUUAAAAGAUGGCCAUUUCUAAAACCACAGUUGCUAUGCGAAAAUCGAAUUUACGAAAACAAAAUCAUUCACCUUUCAUAAAUCACAGGUGAACUCUCACUUUUCUUUUCCCAUUAACUUCUUUUUGAUUUAAUGAAUAUUCAUAAAUCAUUAAUUCCUUUUGUAGCAAAGAAUACGUUUAAUUUCUUAAAUCUUCCACUUCUCAAACAAUAUUAACACCAUCUUCUAUGCAUUUGAUAAUCCUCACCGUAAUAAAAUUCAUUAAAGAUCAAAAUAAAGGCAACUAUUGAAAAAAAAUAUUUUAAACUUAACGUUAAAGACAUCUUUUCUUGAUGUCUCAUACAUUAGAAUUGCAAAGGAAGGUGUCACGCACGCAUGUAUAUGGCCUCUCUCCGAGCCUUCCACUAAAAAGAAGUUAAAAUAUUGGACUAUGGUAUAACUGAAAUCAGGGUUCAAUCAAUAGUCAACUCCCCAAAGUAUCACAGGUCGAAUUCUUGGCUAUCAGUUUUAAGUCUGUCUACGCAAUGUCUAUUGUAUGAAAUUCUAAAUAUGCGUAGAUGCAAUGUUAUCAAGGACAUGCGCUACGAAGUAUCUUUUGAAACAUUAUGUGGCACGUGGCAUGAGAUAAGAAUUUCUUUUCGAAUUUAAAUAGGAUUCAAAAACAUUUUAAUAUUACAAAAUGUAUAAAUUUAUUUCCAAUUUUAUUUCGUUUUCACAUUCAUACAAUGUUAUAAAUUUUAAUACGGUUCAAACUUGGUAGAAGAGAUUGCAUUGGAUUUCGAAUUAUUCUAAAACUUUUAAAUUUCUACAUUGAACUGUUUUCAAGGUCUUCCUUCUUGGAGAAUCGAAUGGACGAAAAGAAAUAAACCAAAACUAAAAAAUUAAGAUGGCAGAAAUCGAAACCGUAUCUGAAAUAGACGAAGAUAAUGAAAUUUAUGAUGAUUAUUUUCACACUGAUGAUGUCGAAUUGGAAGAAAUUCGUUUGCAUAACGACGAUCCUGAAUAUUUUAAAUACGAAUGUCUACAGAUCGAAGAUGCCGAACAAUUUUUAAAUACAAUCAUUGACACUGUAAGUACAAAAUUACAAAUAACAUCAUCAAUGGCGAAAAUAUUGUUGCAUACACAUAAUUGGGCAUUAGAAGAUUCUAUUGAGCCACGUAUGAUUAACCAAAUAUUAGCUAAUGCCAGAAUUAAAACAUUAUUUGCAUCUUCACAAGUGGAAACUCAGCUUUUAAGUAACAAAAAUGAGUACGAAUGUUCUGUAUGCUACAGAACUAUUUCUGUAAAGAAUUUUAAUAGCUUGGCAUGUGGACAUCAAUUCUGUAGAGAUUGCUGGUGCAGUCAUUUAACUGUUAAAAUUUUGGAAGGUGUUUCAAUAAAUAUAGAAUGCAUGCAACAGAAAUGUAAUAUAUUGGUUCUAGAAGAUUUCGUAAUCAAUAUUUUAACAAGUCCACUUCUCAAAGAAAAAUAUAAAAAACUUAUUUUUUCCGAAUGCAUUUCGAGUCAUCCUGAAUUAAGAUUCUGUCCAGGAUCAGACUGUUCCACUGUAAUCCGAGCAACAGAAGUUAAAAGUAAACGCGUUAUAUGUUCGUCUUGCAAAAUUCAAUUUUGUUUUAAAUGUGGUACAGCUUACCAUGCACCAAAUGAUUGUGAAACGAUUAAAAAUUGGAUAUUAAAAUGUUCUGACGAUUCGGAAACAGCUAAUUAUAUUUGUGCUCAUACUAAAGACUGUCCAAUGUGUCAAGUUACCAUAGAAAAAAAUGGCGGAUGUAACCACAUGAAAUGCUACAAUUGUAAAUACGAAUUUUGUUGGAUGUGUCUUAAUGAUUGGAAAUGUCACGGAACUCAGUAUUAUCAUUGUAGUAUAUAUGAUGAAAAUACUGAUACUGAUGAUUCUUCUUCUCAAGCGAAACACUCUCUGAAGAAAUAUUUAUUUUACUACGAGCGCUGGCAAAAUCAUGCGAACAGUCUAAAAUUAGAAGAACAAACAUUGCAACAAAUAAAAAAUAAGAUUAACGAUAAAGUAAUGUCUAACCAAGGAACCUGGAUUGAUUGGCAAUAUUUAAUUGAUGGUGCUAACCUUCUUGCAAAUUGCCGUUAUACUCUUCAAUAUACUUAUCCGUAUGCAUAUUAUUUGAGCGCAGGACCUCGAAAGGAAUUAUUUGAAUAUCAACAAGCCCAACUUGAAGCUGAAAUUGAAAACUUAUCGUGGAAAAUUGAAAGAGCUGAAAGUACAGAUCAAGCAGAUUUGCAAGUUCAAAUGGAUAUAGCAGAGAAGAGAAGAACAACUCUUCUUAAGGAUUUUUUAAUUGUAUAAAUAUCAUAAACGAAUAUUUGUGUAAG